AUGACAUCGGUUCGGGCAGACUCCAACUCCAGUGCGCCAUCCACCCCACCAUCGCCUGCCACAACCAUGACCUCAACCCAUUCCGAUGCGGUGGACAAUUCUCUGGACGACAUCUUCGGCUCCUCUCCCCCACCAGAAAGAAGAGCAGAGCCCGUUCAGAAUAAUACCAGCUCCAACACCACGGCCGAGCCUUCCGAUCUCCCGUCGCUACGCCGCCAACACGUCACCGCGGGGUAUCGCGACGGAGUCUCCGCAUCGAAGAGCGAGCAUGUACAACGUGGAUUCGACGCAGGAUUUCCCGUUGGUGCGCAGCUGGGUAUGAGGGCAGGAACAGUUCUUGGGAUUUUAGAGGGAAUUAUGCAUGGAUUGGAGGAUCGAUCGAGCUCGGGAGCAGUCAAAAAGCCGCCACCGCGGGGCACGAGCACAAGCACGGAAAUGUCUUCGAACGACUCAACCAGUAUGGAGAUUGCCGAGGCGCGUCGGAAAAAGAAAGAGCAGGUGCUCGCGCUAUACCAGAUGGCUGUCAAGGAGCUGGACGUGCAGUCUGUCUUUACAGGGGCCGAGACAGGAUCGCCUGCACAUAUUGAGAAAACAGGGGAGCGCGCGGAGACCCAACUUGCUCAGAAGGGAGAUACUGUCAUUGCGAGGUGGGAGGAAAGGGUUGCUGUGCCGCAGUGGGAGGAGAAUAUGGAGGCCCUAGAGGAGAAGGAGAAGGAGGGGGGUCAGGGAGACAAGGAGAACAAGGCCGCGCAGAGCUGA